GGCGAAAAAAGCUGAUCCGAGCUUUUGUCGUGGGAGGCUUUCCAGAGAUCCGCUAAAAAACCGUAUGCCUAAACUGGAAACCUUAUGCAAUGUUUUCGACUUGAUCUGUAUUCUGUGGUCUCUGCUAAUCAUUCCCUGAAAGUCUGAGCCUUUUUGGACGAGAAAUGAGUGAAAUAUAAGGCUUUUAAUUUCUGACGGUAACAGGCGGAAAACCGAUUUUUCACCAAACUGAGUUUUCUGAAGUUGUGAUUAAAUGGGAAAUGAAACGAACAUCGCUACGAUGAUCAGCGUGGACGAUUGCCUAUCAUCCACAUGUUUCUGAGGUUUCCAGACGUGUCUGCAAUGAGAUAGGUGUGUCCUCGGAAAACAUCUGUAUCUCCAGAAUCAAAAGAGGUGGAGACCUAGGCCUUACGUAGUUUUGCAGAGAAAUGUUUUAGCUAUCGACCGAUAUUAUUUGAGAUUGAAUUCCAUAGUGUGGUUUGGGAACGGUAAAUUUUCGGCUUUUGUCUCGAAUAGUAUACCAUGGUAAACGUGGUCGGGCACCCUGUUUUUCCAUAGGUUUACGUGUCCCGCUGUCCUCUUUCGAAUGGCGAAAACCGCAGGUCUAUAGCUAUCUCCUAUCAAAAGUUAUAAGCAUUUUGUCCACCCCUGUCGUUUUUUGAAAAAGGUAAUAAUUACAGAAUUUCAAUCAAUUACUCAAUGCUGUAGAAUUGGUUGUUAAUUCAAAACAAACGGAGAAGUUGAAAAGUAUUUUUUGAAAUUUAUCGAAUACAUGUGACUCUUGUUCUGUCUGAACAGACUUUGUAUCAGGUAUUGAUAGCUUUCUUUCCUUGUUUGUUAAUUAAAAGAAAAGUUAGUGUUUUAUGAAUUUAUUAUCUUUUUCAAAAAGAGAUGCAUCGUGAAAAAACCAAGCUCUACGAUGCUCAUGUGAAAGAAUGAUACGAGAAAAUGCUUUCUUAUUUGAUAUUACACCAGAACUAUUUCCCUUCAUAUUCGAAAUUUUCACCACAACUGUAAAACGUUCUGAAUUGGUCGGUCCUAUCCAGGUGAAUUUGAUCUUGCAGGAUCAUACAAGAUCUGUCGUUUUCCUAUGAAAUCUUGUGAUAAGAUCAUAAUUCAGCAUUUUACAAGAUCUUAUUUCAAGAUUGUCCAAGAUCAUGACUUGGGAUAAAGAGUUCAACACUCUUACUCACAAGAUUUUACAAGAUCUUGCAAGAAGUGAUGACUCAUUGUUACCACAUAAAAUUUGCUACGAUAUAUAGUAUAUAUGAAAUAUGGUAGUUAUGACAAAACUCAGAAUAUUUUUCUUUCUUCAACGUUACGCAUCACCUGAACACAGACCAGUUGCAUGGCUAUUAUAAGGAAGGUGGUCAGCCACGAUCCUAAGGACGGGAGAAUCCUACCUAUAUUCUAGAAAAUCUUAUGGAAAGAAAAAUAUUUUUUUGAAGAGGGUCUAUAGAGGGAAUCUGUAGGUAGAAUCAUGGACAUUAUCUUGUAAGAUUUGAUGAAUUCUUACAUGAUCUUACAAUAUCUUAUCAUAACAUUUUUCAAGAUUUUGUGAAAUCGGUUUACAAGAAAAGUCUUAUGAAAUCUUAUGUGGAAUCAGAGAAACUGAUUCACAGGAAAUCUUGUAAGAUCUUGUGCGAUCAUAUGAAACCUUAUAAAAUCUUAUGAUAUAAUCCUGUAAGAUCAUACAAGGUCUUGCAAGACCAUCUGACAAUAUUUGACGACCUGGGUAUAUAUCAGCAAAUAGAUGAAAACAACGUUCAGUACAGAAAAUUUGCGAGAGAUUGAUAAAGAAUGAGGAAGACAGUGACCUAUGCCAACUACAACAAAAAUUUUUAAACGUUUUCUCUGAUCAAAUGAAUUAUCAUAAUUUGUGUGAUGUUUCACUGAAUUACGGAUAGUGUAAAGUAUUUCAUUGAUUGAAAAUAAUUUGCAAAGUGCCAAAUUUUGGAUCUGAGAUUACUUAUGUAGGAGCUCUACAUGAACAUACAAGUUGUAUAGAAAGAAAACGGCAUAAAAAUAUUAUGUGUUUAUUGUAUGAAAUAAUUACAAAGGAAAACUGAGCAGCAUUCUCAUAAUUAUUUUAUGAGAAUAGUGAAUGGUGCGAUCUUUGUUUUUAACAAAUUGAGUACUAGACCAUUUCUUUGAUCUUAUUUGACACGUUUUGUUUUCAUCUCUACUGACCAGAAUCUGAUGAGGGCUCAUAGUUAAAAAUCUGCUUAUGCAACUACAAACUGUAGCACUAAAAAAAUUUGCUAAAUUGAAACAAUCCGUUUAGAAACUGUAUUGAUUAAUAUUCUCUUAUUCGCAAUCUCCAUACUAACUUUGUAUAUAUGUGCUAUAUAUGGUAUGUGUAUAAUGCCAAGUUACGUCUAAAAACAUGAUGCUCAUUUUUUAUAAAAAUUGCACUGUGACCGCAGUACUAUGUAAAAAGUCGAUGUUUUAUUUUUUCAGUGGACAUGGGGAACAGCGUUCUAGCCGUCAUAAAGAGUCAUCACACGGACCAAAAGACAGUAAAUCGUCGUCAUCCGCUGCUGCUGGAACCGCAAAUCAAGAUCGACCAUUCAAAGAUAAACAUCAUCCGUUAUUGAUUGCUAUAUGGAAUACAGAUCGAACACAAACCGAUACUAAUGAAAAAUUGAAGGGUAUUCGAGAUGUGUUACGAAAGGGCACAAGCGCAUCAGUACAAUGUGAAAUAUUACAUGAACAAACCGGAGUGCCCAUUGCUCAAGUGUCACCACUUAUUAUUGCCUGUUUCGAGGGAGAUCUUGACAUCAUCCGCUUUUUGAUUGAUAAUAAUGCUGAUCCAAAUCAAACCGAGAGUGAACAUCAUUUAACACCCAUUCAUGUUUUAUGCGAUGCUGAAUAUCAUGGUCAAAGUUUACGUGUAUGCCAAAAAGAUCGUGCUGAUCUCAUACGACUAUUAGUUAAAAAUGGUGCACAAGUCAAUCAUUUAGAUCGAAGUUCUAUGGCCGCUAUUCAUAAAGCGGUUAUUCAUGAUAGACCUGAUUGUGUUGAUGUUUUGAUGGAUGCUCAUGCCGAUCCAAAUGUGGCAUUUAUGGGUGAUACACCAUUGAGUAUUGCAGCUCGACAUAAUCGAAGAAAAAUUGUCCAGAGUUUAUUGAAUCGUAAAGAAACAAAUGUAAAUCAUCGAAAUGAUCAAGGAGGAACAGCAUUACAUUUUGCAAGUGCAGGUAUCGUUGAUAGUCCAGAAUGUGUUGAAUUAUUAUUAAGUCAUGGAGCUAAAGUGAAUGUGCAAGAUCUCAAAAACAAUACGCCAACAAUGGUUGCUUGUUUUUUCAAUAAACCUCGUAUAUUACAAACGUUAAUUAAGGCAGGAGCUGAUGUGGCAUUACGUAAUAAUGAAGGCAAAGAUGCAUAUGAUGUUGCCACUGAAAAAGAAUUUGAUGAAUGUAAAGAAAUUGUAGCAAGAGCAUUGGAAAAAAGGGGUAUUAAACCGGGUAAAAAGGAUACAACGGACAAAUUGGCAGACGAUGUCGACAAGUUAAAAUUGAAACGAUAA